AUGAGACUUAAUGAGUCCACUGCCGUCUCCACGACAAAGGUUCUCCUCGUCCCGUAUAAGCGGCACCACGUCCCGACAUAUCACUCCUGGAUGGAAGAUCCCGCCAUCCAGGAAGCCACCGCCUCCGAACCGCUCACUCUUGAUGAGGAAUACGAAAACCAAGCUUCCUGGCGUGCCUCACACGAUAAAUUAACCUUUAUCGUUUGCCAGCCGCUCUCGUCAGCACCAGCUCACGUCUCAUCUAUUCCGGCUGGCGGCCCGGAUGCCCCCGAGAGAAUGGUGGGCGACGUGAAUCUGUUCUUGUACCCCGACGAGGAGGAUGAUGAUGAGGCGCCGGAUUCCACUGCUGCUUCUCCCCGGUUCUGCGUAGGCGAAGUCGAUAUCAUGAUCGCUGACCCGCGCCAUCGCGGCAAGGGGCUCGGCCGCGCAGUGGUGCAAGCCUUUCUGCAAUAUAUAUCCCGCAACCUAGACGGCCUGAUGCAGGAGUAUGCCCAGGAUAAGGACAUGCCAACGCCGCCGAGACUCAGGCUGCUGAUGGCGAAGAUCAACCAGGGUAAUGCCAAGAGCAUCGCCCUGUUCAAAAGCCUAGGCUUUGAGCAGGAAGGAGGAGUGAGCUACUUUGGAGAGGUGAAGCUGGUGCUCCGCGCUCUGAGCACAUUCGCAGCUGAGCUCCCGGAGGGAUACGCUGAACUUGUCUAUUUCCGAAGUAGUCAGGCCAAAGACGAACUGAAUUGA